AUGGAUCGAGUCAUGUCGCGGUUCGACACAGCACGCAUCGAAAGGACAGUAACGAGGCAAUUCGUCCACUCGCAUCUCCUUGCUGAUGAGAUUGAGCGCUUGGAUAAGCCCUUGGCUUUUGGUGACGGUCUCACCGACUGCACGUAUUGGGAGUGGAUAGAGGGCCAUGCCAAACGGCUGUUCCUGAUCCUCGUCGACCUCGGCGUCCCGGACCAGAUAUUCGGCGUAAUUGACGACUCCUGGGAGGAUGACGACUUGCCCAUCGCCCUGGACCAGGUCGAGAGGCUCUGCUUGACGGCCACUAAGGAUUUCAAAGCAGAAAGGAGAUUCUUUGACCGGCAGUUCCACUAUCUGCUCAGGCCGGUUAGGAAGGGCGAGCACGUUGACUACCAGGAUGAGGAAAUCGUGCCUCUCGAUGUAUACGAUAGGAGGCCCGGGUUGACACAAAGCAAUGAUAUAGAUAGGGUCGGACUCCCGAAUGUCCCUGGCGAAGUCUUCUGCAGACGUCGAUUCCUCAUAGGGUAUGACCAGGGGUGCCUGUCCCGCGAGGAUCUGAUGUACGAAAUCAACUCAAUCCAGGACCUUCAGAACGACCACAUCGUGUCGUAUUGGGCCUCUUAUAUCCACCAGGGAUUCGGAUACGUCUUGUUCACACCGGUGAGCGAGUACAAACUCAGUUCAUAUUUAACGAACACACCACAAUCAAUCAAAAAUGUCGACAAGACAGCCAAGAGAAGGCUGGUCCUGGACUGGAUCCAGUGCCUCGUCGACACUCUCUGCUACGUCCACAGCAGAGGCCGAUGGCUUGGCAACAUCAAGCCGUCCACAAUCUCCUUCACCCACAACAACCACAUCCUUCUCUCCGGGUCCUCACAGCUGAGCCCUGACGCCUCCUCAAGCCAGGGGGGCUUCUUCGACAAAGAAUCAUACGACUACGCCGCGCCGGAGCGGUGGCCCAAGCCGAGCAAAUCCCCAACGACGCCGCGGAUCAAGGCAUCCGCCCCAUCCUCAUCCCGGUCCGCCGCGCCCUCCAUCAGAAGCGGCAAGAGCGGCCACACCGAGCACAGGACGCCUCCGGCGGCAGCAAUACCCCGGUCGGACCCCGGCCCCCGCCUCGACCCGCAGGCGGCAGACAUCUUCGCCCUGGGCUGCGUGAUCCUGGAGCUCCUGAGCCACGGGCUGCUGAAGCGGUCGGCGGGCGCCUUCGCGUCGCACCGCAGCGCGAAGCACAAGAACGCCGGGCGCGGCGGCGCGGUGCUGGACUCGUCGUUCCACAAGAACCUGGGCCAGGUGGAGGGGUGGAUGGCGGGGCUGGCCAAGGACGCGUCCAAGAAGGCCGACGGCAGCGACAAGGGCCGCGUGUUCGGGGGCGUGGUGCCCCUGCUGCAGGUCGUGGCGGGCAUGCUGUCGCCGCAGCCGUCGGACCGCCCCUCGGCCUUUGGCGUCCAGCGCCAGACGUACCAGAUCCUGACGCAGGCGUGCGGCAUCGCGGAGCCGCACUGCGUGCACCAGUACGACGCCUGGGACCUUGUGCCCGCCGGCGCCAUCAGCACGGGCCGGAACAGCGUCAUGACGACUAUUGAGGAGGCGUCGACGCCUGAGGAGGGGCCGACGGCGGCGACGACUGCGGCUACGACAAUCGCGUCGUUCUCGAACCCUUCGAGCUUCUAUGAGCAUGAGGAUGAUGACGACGACGAUGAUGAUGAUGGCGCCGGUCGUGGUAGUUACGAGCCUCCUAUCACUCCGAGUACGGCCAGGUUUGGGAAGCGAAGCAGCAGCAGCAAUCUACCAGUCAUCGUCGGGCAGCGGGAUCACAGGCGGAAGACCAGUGACGACAGUUCUGGGAGCAAGAGUAGUGAUCACGGCCAGGGUCAGGGCCAGGGAGAGCGGUGGGAGCUGAGCAGCGGGCUGAAGGCCAUUCAGAACCUGCGCAUUAAUAGGUCAAGGCCGUGGCAGGCUUCAUAG